UAUGUAAUUAAAAGGGGCCGGCUUUGUAUACAAGUGUGUUCUUCCAUUCAUGCUGGGGGUGAAGCAGUCUCUGCCGACAGCCAGGCCGUGUCACAUCCUCGUCAGGACAGACAGCUCCGCUCUCUCAGGCUGAUAGAAAGGGUUGUGACCCUAUACAGUAGUAGCCACCAUGGCAGAAGCACACCAGGCGGUGGCCUUCCAGUUCACCGUCACCCCUGAUGGCAUUGACCUCCAGCUGUGCCACGAGGCUCUACGCCAGAUUUACCUCUCUGGCCUCCACUCCUGGAAGAAGAGGUUCAUCCGCUUCAAGAAUGGGGUAAUGACUGGAGUGUACCCAGGCAGCCCUGCUGGGUUCAUGGUAGUGGUCGUGUCCUACAUGUCCUACAAUAAAUAUCAAAUGCUGGAUCCCUCUCUGGGGUUGAUAGCCAAGCUGGGCCAACACAUACCCAUCAGUCGAUAUAUGUCCACAGACAGCCAGAAGAUAGUUGGAGGAGUUCUGGUGGGCACAGGCCUGUGGGUCACUAUAAUUAUGAUUAUGAGGAAUGUCCUAAAGGCCCUAUUGUCGUGGCAUGGCUGGAUGCGUGCACGCCAUGGCUCUGUGUCCUGGUCUACUCGUGUGUGGAUGUUAUUAGUGAAGGUGUUCUCUGGCAGGAAGCCAAUGCUGUACAGUUUCCAGAACUCCCUGCCACGGCUGCCUGUUCCGACUGUCAAGGACACCUGCAAAAGGUACCUAGAGUCAGUGCGCCCACUGAUGGAUGAUGAGCAGUAUGAACGGAUGACUGGCUUGACUAAAGACUUUGAGAAGAACCUGGGACCCAGACUGCAGUGGUACCUCAAACUCAAGUCCUGGUGGACUUCCAACUACGUCAGUGACUGGUGGGAGGAGUACAUUUACCUUAGAGGCCGUGGACCCAUCAUGGUCAACAGCAACUACUACGCCAUGGAUUUCCUGUAUGUGUUCCCCACCUCCAUCCAGGCUGCCAGGGCAGGUAAUGCGAUCCACGCUAUCAUGCUCUACAGGAGGAAACUGGACAGAGCUCAGAUCAAGCCAAUAUACUUGUUGGCAAACAAGGUUCCUCUGUGUUCGGCUCAGUGGGAGCGGAUGUUUAACACCACCCGCACCCCUGGUUUGGAGACAGACACCCUCCAGCACAUGAACGAGACCAAACACAUAGCUGUGUACCAUAAGGGCCGCUUCUACAAGGUGUGGAUGUUUUAUGAUGGGCGGCUGCUGUUGCCGCGGGAGAUAGAGCAGCAGAUGGAGAGGAUCUUGGCAGACAAGUCGGAGCCCAUGCCAGGAGAAGAGAGACUAGCUGCACUUACUGCAGGGGAAAGGACCCCGUGGGCCAGGGCUCGUGAAACCUACUUCAGCCGUGGUAAGAAUAAGCAAUCUCUGGACGCCAUUGAGAAGGCAGCCUUCUUUGUUACCCUUGAUGACACCGAGCAGCGCUACGACAACGCAAACCCAGUCAAGUCUCUGGACAGUUAUGCCAAGUCCCUGCUCCACGGAAAGUGCUACGACAGGUGGUUUGAUAAAUCCUUUAACCUGAUAGUUUUCAAGAAUGGUACCAUGGGACUCAACGCAGAGCACUCCUGGGCAGAUGCUCCAAUCAUUGGCCAUCUGUGGGAGCAUGUACUUUCCAUGGACCCUGUUAAGCUGGGAUAUACUGAGGAAGGUCACUGCUGUGGACAGCCCCACCCCAACCUGCCAGGUCCUCAGAGACUGCAGUGGGACAUCCCUACUGAGUGCCAGGAUGUCAUCGAGAGCUCUCUGACAUUGGCCAGGAAUCUGGCUGAUGAUGUGGACUCUCACAUUUUCCCCUUCAAUGACUUUGGAAAGGGUCUGAUUAAGAAGUGCCGCACCAGUCCUGAUGCCUUCAUCCAGAUCGCCCUACAGCUGGCACAUUACAGGGACAAAGGGAAGUUCUGCCUGACAUAUGAAGCCUCCAUGACACGUUUGUUCCGUGAGGGCCGAACAGAAACUGUGCGCUCCUGCACGAUGGAGGGUUGUGCCUUCGUCCGUUCCAUGAUCAGAGACGAGACAACAGAAGAACGUCUCAAGUUGCUCAAAGCGGCAGCAGAGAAGCACCAAAACAUGUACCGCCUGGCAAUGACAGGAGAUGGCAUCGAUCGCCACCUUUUCUGUCUUUACGUGGUUUCCAAAUACCUGGGAGAAGACUCAGCUUUCCUCAAGGAGGUACUGUCUGAACCGUGGAGGCUGUCCACCAGUCAGACCCCUCUGCAGCAGAUUGAGCUCUUUGAUCUGGUCAAACACCCUGAGUAUGUGUCCUCCGGAGGUGGAUUUGGUCCUGUGGCUGAUGAUGGUUACGGUGUCUCCUACAUCAUUGUUGGUGAGAACCUCAUCAACUUCCACAUCUCUAGCAAACACUCAAGCCCAGAAACCGACUCCCACCGUUUUGGCACUAACAUCAGACAGGCCAUGUUGGACAUCCUGGCUCUCUUCCAGCUCGACAAGAAAGCCAAGUGAUUGUCCUCUGCAUGGGUGGAAUAAACAUGAAAAGUUGUUUUUAGAAAAACAUAUAUUCUUCCUGAAGCUUGUACAGAAUCAAAUGUUGGAUUUGGGGUUAUUUUUUAAGUUAAUUGAUGUCGCAGAAAUAACGAUAAUUGAAAGGAAAUAUUAAUGUCGAGAUGUGUGUGAGGCGUUUAUGUGUACUGUAUGUAUAGGCAUGGUGAGAUUCAGAUGGGAUUAGGUACAGGUAGUGCACAGAUCAAAGGUUUUAUUUACAGGACUGUACACACCGGUGCCUUAGUGACCCACUAAUGUAAAAAGGGCAGAAAGGGAGGAGAAAAUAACAGCUGCUGUCAUCUGAGAUCAAGUCUGUAUUACCACAGUAAGAGUCAUUUGAGUUGAGGGAUUGCUCAGUACCGUCAUCCAAUAUUUGUAUCAUGUUUUAAGUUCAGAGAUGGUGCAAUAUUUUUACCAGUUUAUGUCCCAUUGUUGAAAAUCCUUUGAGUCCUUUUUGUUUUUAGGUUUCUUCUGGUCUCCUCAAUUGCAGAACAUGAGUCAUGUCUAACUGGCCAAGGCAGCAAAUUGCAUGGUGUCCAUUAAUUUCAUAUGGUAUUUUCAUUUUUUUAUUUUGCCACUGAGGCUGAUUUGCUCAACUGAACAGUUGAGCCCAAUAAUUUAAAUGUAUGGAAGCCUCUAGGAGUAAAACAUCUGUAAUUACGAGAAUGCUAAAUAUUAAUCUUUGGACAGUGACUGUGUGUCAGUGUGAUUCUGGAUUCCAACACAGAAGACAGGCAAGCUGUUGCCACCAUCUAAUCAAUGCAUCUUCAUUGCUUUUAAGUGCACAGUCAAUAUGUUUGUUCUUUUUAGCUGCCAUGAUUUCACAAUGUAGUGAUGAACACAGAUCGUGUUUGUGUGUGUUUGUCAUUUUCUUACUCAGGUUUUAUCAGCUUGGUACUUGAGUCUGUUUGCUGCAGCAUUGGAAGAUCAGUGCUUAUGCUGGUAUGUACAUGUGCAACAGUAGAGUCAGUACAAUGUCAUUUGACCAAAUGAGCUGGUGGGUAGUAUAACAGAGUUUGCUGUGGAGGUGAGUGACUGGCAGGACACGGUGUGUGUCUGAGGUGGAUCUCACUUGCACAUGUUGAGUUUGAUUGACAGCGUGUGGUCGACAGUGACUUUUUUUAGUUUCUUGUGUUAUUAAAAAGAGUGGGUUAACUGUACUUUAACUCUGUUCUGCACACCAUGACUGGCCCUUUUAGUUCAAGCUAACCAGUUACAAAAUGCCUUCAGUCAGAUCAGGAUGGAUUUUAAAGUUUUGUGAGAAAUCGUCAAGAUAAAGUGCAGAAUCGAUUUUUAGGAUGUUAUGUCCCUCCACUACAGUAGGAAGUCAUUUUCAGAUAUAGAGGUGUAGAUGUGGGUACUGUAAUGUAUAGGGGAUGCAUUUUCUGUUAUUAUGUAUAUGUUGUUAGCUCAUCAUAUUUAUUUUUUCCAUGUUUUCACCUCUUUAUUAAAAAAAACAACUAUUUACCAGCUGAAUGUGGUUAAAUGUAAAUCACUAAGUUAAAGCUUUGCUGAUUCAAAAGGUGAAACUGACAAAAUGCUUCCUUUUCUUUCUUUUUUUUGUUUGGACAUGACAUUCAUUUUGUCAUCACAGACUUUGCCAGUAUGUUGUAGUUGUAUGAUGUUUUAUCUCAGUAGACCUCAUGUUUACACUGCUGCAUUGUGUUUGAAGAUGAAGCUGUAUAUCUUUGCCUUUUAAUUUAAAGAUGUGUUAAAACGCAAGCAGCUGAUAUACCAAAACGAGUUUUAACAAUAAAGUGAAUGUCAGACAGCUGUAUCA